AUGACCAUGAACCUCGCAACAUACUCGCAUAAAAGUAAAACCGUUCGACAUUAUUUCGAUAUUCAAAGAUCAUCAUUGACAAAUAUUAGAUAUUUUCCUAUAAGUCGUUCUGACCCCAAAUCUCAACCUCGCUGGCUUGCCGCUGCUUCUGGUUGUCGGCAGAUUCGCCGUUCACGCUCUACUCCCUUCAUCCACCUCACAAAUGGCGAAAAUGACCACAACAUGAGCAGCUAUGGAGAAGAGCUUUCUAAAUUCCAUUGAAAUCUAAACCAAGCCAGUGAAGAUGGCAAGUCAUGGCAAUCUACACAAACUUUGUCUUGAUCGAUGAAAAUCUUUGAGUGAUUAACUCCCAGGAACCCUUUCUUAUGCUAUAAACCUCAACUUGCAGCCACUCUUUACAACAGUACCUAAAUAGGCUGCUAAUAUCGGGUCCGGUGGUUCCAGAAGGCUUUGUAAGCUUAACAACUUUGUAAUCAUUAAUUUCGGUUUCAAACCAGGGAAAAUAAUUUUUGAUCGAAUAAUGACCAUGUGAGGGCACAUAAUAUUUUGGUUUGAUACCAAAACUGAUGAUUGCAAAGUUGUUAACCUUGCAAACUUUCUCGAACCAUCAAUCCAACAUGGACCCGACAUUAGCAGACUAUUUAGGCAUAAAGGGUGGCUGCAAGUUGAGCUUUAUAGCACGUGAAAGGGUUCCUGGGAGUAAAUCACUGGAAGGUUUCCGUUGAACCUCACAAGGAUUUACUAUUAAGAUGGAUUUGUGUAUAUGGGCAUGAUGGUUCAUUGGAUUGGUUAUAGUGUGAUUUGGAGGAGUGGAAUUCAGAUAUAUUUGUUUUUUCUGUUUUAACUAGUUUGUAUGAUGUUAUGUUGUCAUUUUUGGCUACUUAUUUUGUCUUUUGUUGUAACUAUUUUUAAGGAUGCUACAUUUAUUGAUUACGUUAUAAUACUUUAUAGUUUAUAUAUUCCCAUGGUACUUUUAUCUUUCAA